UGCAUGAUCGAUCGACCUCAUUCGAUGAUUGAUGAUAUGAUGGACAGAUAACAACGAAUCGUACCACAAAAUCCUGAAAGAAAAACCAUCGAUUUCGUCGUUCUCAGGGAAGGACACGAAGUGGUUUUACGAAUUUCAACAUCUCAUAUACUUUGUAGUGCUGGAAUUCGGAGAACGAACGAGACACAACUGUUCCUUUUUUAUGAGGGUCCAGUUUGUGCCUUGAUGUCAGAAUUCUGUGUCAUGAAAGACCUCCAUAUAAUCAAGACUCUAAUCACUGCCAGGAAGUAAAGUAAUGUCAAGCUGCAUGAAGAUCUCAGAAGACAAUUGAUGAACUAAAUUUAACAGUCAUGGCCCAUAUUGCCAGAAUGAAAUGUCCAUUUUUGACCCGCCUACCAAGUGGGUUUGCGAAACGAGCAGGCAAUGCCCUAUUUUCUUAUGCUGAGAAAUGUCCAGUGAUGAAUCAGUUGCUCUCUCGUCAUGCUUCCACUAAUCAGCAGGAUUCAGAAAAUAAAUCAGAUGAGACUGAAAAACCUUUAAGAAAGUGUCCCUUUUUAGCGCAGAUGGAAAGUAUGAAGAAAUUAGCUCCUGUCAUAGACACUGACAUCAUCUCAGAACACUCUGAGACCCCUCCAAAAGAUAUAGCUGUUGGUUGUGAAGAAAAGACUGCUUGCAUGAGUGAAUCCAUAUUUGUUUCACCAAAACAAGACACAAAGAAAAAACAACUCAAGAAGGAAAACUUUGCUUCAGAGAAUGGGCAUUUCAGCUACAACAGGUACUUUAAGAACUUAGUGGACAACAAGAAAUCCGACCACACAUACCGUGUAUUUAAGAGAGUUAAUCGUGAAGCUGAUAACUUUCCUUAUGCCUAUGACUUCUCUGGAGAUCGUCAUGUCAAUACUGAAGGGCUUCCAGUCACAGUCUGGUGCAGUAACGACUAUCUGGGGAUGAGUCGUCAUCCAAAGGUCAAGCAGGCUGUUGUUGAUGCAUUAGCUAAGCAUGGAACAGGUGCAGGAGGAACAAGAAAUAUAAGUGGGAACACCACCUACCACGAAGAUCUAGAAGCAAGGGUAGCACUGCUACAUCAGAAGGAUGCUGGUCUUGUAUUUACAUCAUGCUAUGUAGCAAAUGAUUCAACUCUUUUCACAUUGGCUAAGUUACUUCCAGGAUGUGAGAUUUAUUCUGAUGAAGGAAACCAUGCCUCUAUGAUACAAGGUAUACGAAACAGCCAAGCACCAAAGUUUAUAUUCCGGCAUAAUGACCCAACUCAUCUUGAAGAAAUGUUACGGAAAGCAGACCCUCUCACUCCUAAGAUAGUUGCAUUUGAGACAGUCCAUUCUAUGACAGGAGCUAUAUGUCCAUUGAAAGAGAUGUGUGAUGUAGCUCAUAAAUAUGGAGCCAUCACAUAUGUUGAUGAAGUGCACGCUGUAGGAUUGUAUGGUCGUCAUGGUGCUGGUGUAGGGGAACGUGAUGGCUGUAUGGCAGAUAUGGACAUUGUAUCAGGAACUUUAGGGAAGGCAUUUGGAAUGAUAGGAGGAUAUAUAGUUGGUGAUCAUGAUCUCGUGGAUAUGAUACGUAGCUAUGCUGCUGGAUUUAUCUUUACUACAUCUCUACCCCCUAUGGUCUUGGCUGGAGCUAUUGCUUCUAUAGAUGUGUUGUCUAGUGAAGAAGGUAUUGCUCUCCGUGCCAAACAUCAGGAUACUGUAUCUCUGAUGAGAGGCAAACUUAUUGCUGCUGGUUUACCUGUAGUCCAUUGCCCUAGUCAUAUCAUUCCUAUACAUGUUGGUAAUCCACAAGCAAACACCAAUAUUGCAAAUGAACUCCUUGAAGACCAUAACAUGUAUGUUCAAGCCAUCAACCAACCAACAGUUCCUUCUGGAGAGGAAAAGCUGAGAAUUGCCCCAUCUCCAUAUCAUACCGCUGAAAUGAUGGACCAAUUUGUUAGCUCCCUGUCAGAGGUAUGGGCUAAGAGUGGUUUACGCUUCAAUGCUCCUGUCUGCCCUAAAGAGUGUGAGUUCUGUAAGCAACCGAAGAAGUUUGAAGAGCUGUCUUCUCGUGAGAGAAUCUUCGCUGAGCAGAGUUGUGGGUUACGUAUGAGUCAGGGCAUGUUCUGUAGCAAAGCUUAAAUGUUGCUUAGAUGAUGAUCUUCAGGUACUUGCCAUUAUCUCAGCUUUUUUAAUGAAAUAUUAUGAUUUGAAUAUAUGUAAACCUAUCCAUCCUUAACACUCAUUUUAUGUAAUAUUAAACUUUGAACCACCAAUGUAUUUACCUGUGAACUCACUGGUGGUCCACUGUAGAAAAUUUUGAAAAAUCUAGAGAGAUUACUGAUAAAUGUCUUGUAUGCAAAGCAAAAAUAUCAUCUUGGCAUAUACUCACAAGCACAUGUGAAUAUGCCAACACCUGUGUCCUGGCAAGAGACAAAACUAUACAUUUGACAUUUACUGAGUGUUUCACUAGAACAACUUUAAACCAUUACUAGUUGUGUUG